UCAUUCUCAUCAUCGCUUCCCAAAUUCUCUUUCUCGCAGUCGCAGCCGUUGUCUCCGCCGGAAAAGGUGAAGACUUUGCGAAAACCAUUGAUAAAAAACACCACGGCCUCCGUAAGGAGAAACUCACCUUUUUCCGUAGGUUAUGUCGAGGCUCGGACAAUGUGGUUCGACCAAAAGUCAGGAGAUGCUACUGUUGAGUACAGCUGUUACGUCUUGCAUUAU